AUGUACCUCAACAACUCCGGUCAGCUUCUUACUUACGGUGGCUGGCCGGGCAGAGACUUUGGCAGCACUGUCACCUUUGAUGCGGUGCCGGAGAAUGACAAUGCUACCGCUUACGAGCUCGUCCUUAUAAUAAACCAAGACACUAAUGCUCCACCUCCACCACCAAGCCGCCGGCGUCGCCUCCUGCAAGCACGCCCGACCCAAAACGGACAACAACUCAACCUGAACAAGCUCAAUUACAAUGCCACGUAUUCAUACCUGAGGCUUGGCUCCGAUGGCAAUCUCAAGGCCACCACAUACUACGACAAAGUCAGUUACUUACGAUGGGAAGAGAGCUUUGCGUUCUUUUCUCAAUAUUUCGUGAGAGAAUGCGCGCUGCCGUCAAAGUGUGGAGAGUACGGAUUAUGCGACCGGCGGAUGUGCGUGGCGUGCCCGAGCCCGAAAGGUCUUCUGGGUUGGAGCGACAGCUGCACCCCGCCGAAGUUGGCGCCGUGCAAGAGCGGCGGAGGAACAAAGCAGGCACAGUACUAUAAGAUUGUGGGCGUGGAGCAUUUCUUGAACCCGUAUUUGGAAGAUGGUGAGCGUCCGGUGAAGAUUCGGGAGUGCCGGGAGAAGUGUGACAAGGACUGUAAGUGUGUAGGUUUCUUUUACAAGGAAGAUACUUCCAAGUGUUUGCUCGCUCCACUGCUUGGGACUCUCAUCAAAGAUGUCAACACUUCUGUGGGAUACAUCAAGUACUCAAACUAG